AUGGGUGACUCACAGGAUGCGUAUGUGGUGAUUGACAGAAAUAUCGGCCAUGCUUUCGCUCCGCGGGAGACGGUCUGCCAGACAGCAGCUGGAGUGAUGGUCCCUCUCGUCUUCUACCACGACACCCAUCACUUUGCUCACGUCUCAGCGGCAUACCCGCGCAUUGUCCUCGAUCAGGACCUCCCACGACAGAGCACUGCCGUCACGAGCCCAGCUACCCUGUGGCUCUGGGGCGCGACGAAUGCCAUUACUCUCGAUGGAACCGCGGAUGACGCAUUUGAGGAGUCAUGUCGUGAAAGCAACGAGAGAUUGGAGGGCGCCGCUACACUUCUCAAGGACAGAUAG